CAAGGUGACGUGUUUUUUCUCGCUCUCACUUUUAACGGUUUUUUCGAGUGUUUUUGCGAAAAAUUGAUUCUGCUGUUGCUUCUAGUUACAUUUCGCAGGUGACCAAAGAGAAUCGAACAUGUCGAUUAGAGAAGGACGUGCGCCCAAUUCUAGUUCGCCGGAGUCCUUGAUGGUGGUGAAUCUCUCCACCUAUCGGAUUGAAGGCGAAUUCGAUGCUGGUGGCUGCGGCACGGUGUUGGUGGGCAGCCAUGCCCGCUCCAAGCAGCCGGUGGUGAUGAAAAUGGCCAGCAAAGAGGUGGACCGGCUCCUGCUCGCCACGGAGCGCCGGAUCUAUGCGCGGCUGCAGAAGGCCCGUGGAUGGCCCAGACUCAUCGACGCCGGUACGUAUCGCAAACGCGACGUACUGGUUUUGGAGCGCCUGGGGCCAUCACUGCAGGACCUUCUGAACUUGUGCGGAGGACGCUUCGGUCUGAAGACGGUUUCGCAGCUAGCGCUGCAAUUGCUCGACAGGCUGGAAACAUUCCACGAGCUGGGCUUUCCUAAAGUGACGUGUAAGUCACCCCAGUAUAAGGCGCCGUGAAGGAACAGCCCGAUGCUGGGACGGUGGCCAAAUCCGAUCCUCUGCCUCCUCGUGGCGCCACUGGAUGUUGGCCUCUGGUGUUGUCAGACUCACCAGCGGCCUAACCAAAGAGGACGGUCAGUGGGACACCAAGCGGAGUACUAGUGUACUGGAUCAACGGAGCUACACGUACAUUUGAUGCUAUGGGGGUUGGAGGGGUAAUAAAUAUGUAUUUAUUGUAUUUUAGUGUAAGAUUACAUGUAAAAAUACACGUAUAGCAUUGGAAUAAAUUGAAAUGUACAAA